AUGUCAUUUGCUGGAAAAGAAUUUAAAUUAUCCAACGGAAACAAUAUUCCAGCCAUCGGGUUUGGUACCGGAACCAAAUACUUCAAAAGGGGACAUGACGAACUUGACAAGCAAUUGAUUGGAACCUUGGAGCUUGCUUUGAAGAGUGGGUUCAAACACAUUGAUGGUGCUGAGGUUUAUGGCACCAACAAGGAGGUUGGGAUUGCUAUCAAGAACCUGGGUAUUAACAGAAAGGAUGUGUUUGUCACUGACAAAUACAAUUCCGGUAAUCACACUUACGAUGGCAAACAUUCUAAACAUGAGAACCCAUACAAAGCCUUGAAAGCCGAUUUGGAAGACUUGGGAUUGGACUAUGUCGAUUUAUACUUGAUCCACUUCCCAUACAUUUCGGAAAAGUCUCAUGGAUUUGACUUGGUCGAAGCCUGGAGAUACUUGGAAAAGGCCAAGAAUGAAGGUUUGGCCCGUAACAUUGGUGUUUCCAACUUUACCAUUGAGAAUUUGAAAUCGAUUUUGGAUGCAAACACCGAUUCAAUUCCCAUGGUUAACCAAAUUGAAUUCAGUGCUUAUUUGCAAGACCAAACGCCAGGAAUCGUUGAGUAUUCCCAACUGCAGGGUAUUUUGGUUGAAGCAUAUGGUCCUUUGGGUCCAAUUACCAAAGGGAAACCAGGUCCUUUGGAUAAAGUUUUAUCAAAGUUGUCUAAUAAGUACAACAAGAAUGAGGGUCAGAUUUUGUUGAGAUGGGUGUUGCAAAAAGGUGUUUUGCCCAUCACCACUACUUCCAAAGAAGAGCGGAUCAAUGACGUUUUAGAAAUUUUUGAUUUCGAGUUGGAAAAAGAAGACGAAGACGAGAUAACUAAGGUUGGUAAGGAAAAGACUGUUAGACAGUUUUCAAAGGAGUACUCAAAGUAUGAUUAA